AUGAAAAAAGGAACAAAAAAAUAAAAUAAAAAGCAGUCACAUCUUUAAUCAAUAGAUGAAAUCAAAAUAAUCAAUAUUUUUGGUAUUUAUUUAAAUCAUAUAUAGAUAUGAUGGAGGAUCCAGACAUGAAAUAAUUUUAAGUAAUAGUAAAAUUAGAAGAUUUAUAACAAGAAAACAGUGAGAUUGUUUUAUUAAGCUUUCUAAACUUCUAUUUGAAAUUAGUUGGACUUGAUUAAUGUAAUCAAAAUAUGAAAGGAAUAAAUUUGAGCCAAAUCAAUUUAGAAGAAAUCAUUAAUAAAUUAGAGCAACUAUAAACUGAAAAUCAAUAAACUCUUAUAGAUGAAGAAUAAUGCUUAAAAGUAGAAAAUAAUAAAUAGCUUAUUUAAUUUUUUGAUGCCUUAUUUUCAACACAAACAGAGCUGCCAUUUGAAUGUGAUAAUUUUUUUUAGCACACUUUUAAUUGGUUAACAACAUUAUCUUAAACAAAAUUUCGAAGUGCAAGAUUAGCCACAAUAGAGAUCAUUUCAAUAAUUGUUAAUUCCUUAAGUAGCUUUUUAGAAAUAGUUAGUAUAAAUUAUUUAUCAUUUCUUUAGAAAAUAAAUAACAGUAAAAAGAGAUAAAAUAAUUUAUCAAUAAUAUUUUCUAAUAUUUAGUGAAUAAUAGAACCUAAGAUGUUUAGUCAACUAUUAAAAAAAAAUCAAUUUAAAUAUUAUUUAGUGCAUUUUUAAAUAAUUCAAUUCCUAUUGAUCCAUAUCAUAAUUAACUAGGCAGUUUAUUUUUAAGUGAAAGUCAUGAAUGUAGAGAAGCAUCAAUGAUAGAAUUAGAAAAAAUUUAUAAGAAUUUAGUAGAUAAAAAAAAAUCUUUAGGACCUAUUCUAGAAUUUUUGAGAGGAUAAUAAGAAUCCAUUGUAAGUUUAAUUUUUGAUCCAAAUGAAAGUGUUUAAUUAAGAUUAAUAAACUUUUUAAAAGUAUUAGAUAUUAUAAUUAAUUUAGGCAUUAUCUUAAUCUACAACUAUUGAUUAAGAUUUUUUUGGUCAAAGAACCUGCUAAGCAUUUAUAAGAAUAUUAUUUUCUAAAAAUUUAAGAAUUCGAUAUGAUUCAACAUCUAUUUUAUAUUUAUUUGAAAAACCCAUAAAUUCAGUUGAAAAAUUGGCAGAUUUCUAUAUGAAGUAUGCCCCUUUUGAAAUUUAAACAUAUGAAGAAAGUUUUAAUUUUAUAAUUUCUUUCAUUCAUAGUCAUCCAUUUGUUUGUUCACCUGAAUAAUAUGCUAUAUUUUUUGAGAAUCAAUAAUCGGAAGUAUUUUAAAUUUUAGGAUUAUAUUUUUUUGCUUCCUUUUUAUAAUAUCAAUUCAUUUCUUCUAAAUUUUGGUGGUUAGAGGAAGCUGAUGAUCCUCCAUAAUAUAAUGAUGCAUUCACUAAUUAUUUUAUUAAUAAUACUAAAAUUACAUUAGACUUGAUAGAUGAAGUAAAUUAUAUUUAUUCUAUUAUAGAAUUUAUAAUUACCCUACUUACAUAUUUAUUCUCAUUUGAAUUAUAAAAUUAUAUAGAGCAAAUUUAUUAAAGGUAUCUUUAAUAGUGCUUAAAAAAUUUUCUAAAAAAGUUAAAAUAUUUAAAUAAUCAAUUAAUUAUGCAAAAUGAUCUAUAAUUGUAGUUAGGAGCUUUCAGAUUCAGAAAUAGUAAAAGAUAAUGUGAAAGAAAUUAUUAAAUAUUCUUAAAAAAUAUUUAAAGAAAAAUUAAAUCUUAUCACAUUAUAAAAAAUUGAAUGUUUAAUAAAAGUCAAUUUAGUGAGUCCCAAAGCGGUAUUAAAUCCAUUUAAUACAAUUUUUGAAAUUAAAGAUGAUAAAAGUAUAUUGAUUAUUGCUAAUUUGCUUGCUUCAAGUUUAUAAAAUUAUUUAAAAGUUCUAUUAAAUUAAAUGAAAAAUUAAGAUAUUGAAAUAGAACGUAAUUAUAAAGAAAUAAGAGAAUUAUUUUAUAACUAUUGCUUUUAAAUACUAGAAAAUAAACAUAAACAGAGAUUUCAUCUUUAAAUUUUAUAAUUAGUUAUAUGCAAUUUGAUUUAUACAAAUAAUUUUAAAUUAUAACGUUUAGGUUUGCAUUAAGAUAUACAAUCAUAAACUUAUACAUUACUAUAUAUGUAUUUACAUGAUUAUUUAUUUGCUGAAUUGAUAAGAUAGUCUAAAAAUGAUGAUGAAUAUAAUAAUGAAAACAAAAAAAGAAAAACUCACUUGAUUAUAGAGAAUUUCCCUUAAUUAAGUGAUCAAUAAAUGGAAUUACUUAAUAGUUCGAUUAAAUUAAUUAAUUAAUGCCCUUAAAUUUUAUUAAUCAAGGAAUUUGGAAUUUAAUAUCUUGCUUAAAUAUUGGAAUUAAUAAAAAACCAUAAUUACCUUAAAGAUUUAAAAAAUUCUAUAAUUCAAGCUCUUUAACAAUCAUUAUAGAGAGUGGUUGAAAAUGAUCAAAUAACGAAGCAGGAUGAAUUUUGGAAAUUUUUGAUGCAUUAUUCAUAACUUAAAUAAGAAUAAUAAUAAGAUGAUUUGUUUAAUGAAUUUGUUAAAUUAUGCAUUAAUACAUAUUUAAUUUCAGUAACAAAAGCAAAUUUAUUUGAGAAAAGAAUCAAGUUUAUAAAUAAUUGUGCAGAGAUGAUCCAAUAUGGAUUUUAAGACAUCAAUAAUUUGCAUAUUUUUGGACUAUUAAAUUUUAUAUUUCACAAGCCUUAGAAAAUUUUAAAGGUUUUGUAAAUAGAUAAAUUAACCUAUCAGAAAUUUUAUGCAUUUUAUGAAUCAAAAAGUUAAGAAUUCCACUAAAGCAACAAAUCUGAGGAAUUCAAGAAGGAAGCUAUAAAACAAGAAUUUUCUUUUAGAAAUAAAUUAAAAUAGUAAAGUGGUUUAACAAAGAAAGAAGUUAAUUAAAUAGUAACAAAAGUUUAAAAAAGUGCUUAAAAAGGAAGUAUAGAUUAGACUAGUAAUAAAUAGAGUAUAGAAAAAGGAAUAAAAAAUAAAGAGAAUGAGUAAAGAUCAUAAUAAUAAUAACCUUAACAAUCUGAUGAAGAUGAGGAUAUGGAAAUUCCAUUUUCAAAAUCUAUGAUUAAAUGA